AUUUUGUCUGACUGACAGAUUUAAGAAAGAUGAUUUUGUCUGACAGAUUUGACUGUGGAAUGGGGAUGGGAAUUCUGCGAAGCCAUUCUGCGGUUCUUCUUUACUCGUGGAAUUAUGUUACUGUCUACAGAGACCGGUGGGAAGCCUGGCUGAAGCUGAACAAAGGGAAACAGGUGCAGGGGCGGUCCAAGGGGCUGUUUUCUCGUAUAACGUUUCGUCAGAACCUUUAUUUGGGGGGUUCGCCAAAUAUAAGCUUAGUAGAGGAAAGAACAGGAUGUCAACAGGGUUUUAUUGGUUGUGUGCGCCACCUAGAGAUCAACACCAGAAAAUAUGACUUUCGUUUUGGCAAUAGGGGUGAUGCCUUGGAAGGCGUUGAUGUAGGGGAAUGUAGCGCCGACACGUGUGGCAAGGUCACGUGCCUUAAUGGAGGCCAAUGUGUGGCAGCAAGGCCUAAUAAUCCGAUCUGUGUGUGUCCCCUUGGUUACACUGGAGAUCUUUGUGAAUAUGCUGUGGAACUUAUAGUUCCUUUCUUCAACGGAUCCUCUUAUCUUCAGUAUUCGGGCCUCGGCAGUUUGGCUCACUCGUUUAUCGAGCUUCUUCUAGUCUUCAAACCAGAGAAACCUGACGGAGUUCUUUUCUAUAAUGGUGAUCAGAUGGACGGAACUGGAGAUUUCAUGUCCAUUAGCUUGGUCGAUGGAUUUGUUGAGUUUCGAUUUGAUCUUGGAAGUGGUCCAGCUGUGAUCAGGAGUCCAACAUCAGUUCAAAUGGACAAAUGGCACACCUUGUUCGUGUCCCGGACAGGCCGAAAUGGUGUUCUGGAAGUAGACGACCAACCCCGUGUGGAAGGUACGUCACAAGGGGCCUUCACUCAGCUGUCUUUACCUCUUAACCUCUACCUAGGGGGCGUUCCUGAUUUGAACGAUGUGGCACAGUUAUCCGGUAUUACAGCGUCGUUCUCAGGGUGCAUUCUGGAGGUUAUCCUCGACAAUAAGCCAGUGAAGCUGCUGGAAGACGCUCUGUCUGGACUUAACGUGGCUAACUGUGAACAUGAGUGUGUAAGCAAGCCGUGUCAAAACCAUGGCACGUGUGUUCCAAAGAUAGACUCCUACACGUGCCAUUGCUUACUGGGGUUUGCUGGAACCAACUGUCAACAAGAGGUGACGGAGAUGAUAGCCCAGCCCAUGUUUUCAGGAAAUAGCUAUCUUCUCUAUCUCGAAGACGACAUUAUGAAACGAGUAUGGGGAACCAAAUUUGACAUCAACUUUCGACUUAGAACCUACUCCUCUGAGGGUCUUGUAGUGUGGGCAGGUGAGAAGGAUAUGAGCUCUUCCAGUGACUAUCUUGCUCUUGGGUUAAAAAAUGGAUAUCUCCAGUUUCAAUAUAACCUGGGUUCAGGAGAGGUUAUCAUUAUUCACAACAUAACCCGGAUGGAUGAUGGAGAAUGGCAUACUGUACGAGCAAUGAGGUAUGAACGUGAAGGCUCUUUGGUUGUUGAUGGAGGUCACAUGGAAAGAGGAGUUUCCCAAGGAUCUUUUAAACAGCUAAAUGUUAAUAAUGGCUUAUAUUUAGGUAAGUCGGCUUCUU